AUGAGGGUCUCAAGCACGAUCAUUUCGGCCCUGCUGGGCGCGAAUAUCGCCGCGGCGAACCCGCUUCACCCCCGCGUCUUCCCAAAGAACGAGCCCGCCAUCGUCGCAAAAGCAAGCCUCGACGAGAGCGCGAACCAGGACCAGAAGAGCAAUAAUGAGCUAUUGCCCGGCGUCUACAUCGUCGAGUUCGCCGACGACAAUGACACCCCCACGAGCUUCUACGAAGGACUCAAGGCCGAUGGCCUCGAGGUCGAGUCUCGUAUGGACUUGAGCAACAGCCUCUUCAAAGGGGUUUCGUUCCAGGUCAAAAACCAGGCUGCUACACAGCACGAUGCUGCGCUCUUCCGGCGCCAGAUGGAGGCAUCGCCGCGCAUCCGGAACAUCUGGCCCGUCCGCACGAUCCAGCGCAGCGCGCCCGAGGACAAUGGCGGUCCGAUCAAGAACAACGUCAAACAUGCCCGCCACGCCAGGCGCCAGGACAAUAACACUACGGGAAACUCGACCAAGGACACCUUCUCCCCUCAUGUCAUGACCCAGGUCGACAAGCUGCGCGAGCAGGGCAUCACCGGCAAAGGCGUCCGCAUCGCCAUCAUCGACAGCGGCGUGGACUACACCCACCCGGCGCUCGGGGGUUGCUUCGGUCCCGGAUGUAUCGUCGAGGCCGGCUGGGACUUCACCGGCGACGAUUUCCUGCCUGGAGUCAGGCCGCUGCAGCCGGACGCGGAUCCAAUGGAUGAUUGUGCCGGCCACGGGACACACGUCGCCGGCACCAUCGUCGCGCAGCUGGAGGGCAACGAGUAUGGCUUCACUGGCGCCGCGCCGGGGGUCAAGUUGGCAGCGUACCGCGCUUGGGGAUGUGCCUCUGUGGGGACCAACGAGAUUCUGCUUGCCGCUUUCAUUCGGGCUUUCGACGAGGGGGCUGAUAUAAUUUCUUGCUCGGAUGGAGAUGUUGCCGGCUGGGCCUGGGAUGCGUGGGGGGUUCUCGCGGCCCGUAUCGUCGAUGCUGGCGUCCCCGUUGUGAUUUCCGAGGGCAACGAUGGCGGCAUAGGAAUGUUCUUUGCUUCAUCCCCCGCCACGGGACGCGGUGUAGCAGGUAGCGGCGCCGUGACGAACUCCAAGUUCCCGACCAUUCUCAAUGAGGGCACGUUUACCGUGGCCUCCAACUCAACGGGUGGCUCCGAGUCCACCUUUGCCUACCUGGCGGGCGUUCCUGAGCUGGUCGGCGAUCUCUCGCUCCAACUCUGGACACCUGGUGAAAACAACGCCUGCAGCGACCUGCCUGAUAGUACCCCCGAUCUAAGCAACAAAAUCAUUCUCUUGGAGUUCCCCAACUCUCGAGCAACUGGCUGCUACCCCAUCGACCAGGGUGACCGCUUGGUUACCAAAGGCGGCCGCUACAUUCUGUACAACACCAACAAUAACACCUUACGAGGACGAAGCACGAUGCGCGACCAGCAAUACGUCUACUCCCAGGGGAUUCAAGGUGUUGCUUCGAUACCCCCUUACCAGGCUCAACAGUGGCUCUCCCUUCUCGAGCAGGGACGCAACGUCAUUGUCUCUAUUCCCAACGCCAACAACACCAAGACCCGCCUGGAAGAGCUCGAGAACAAUUCUGGCGGCUCUUACAUGGGAACCUUCUCCAGCUGGGGCCCAACAUGGGAGUUGGAGGCCAGCCCUCAGUUUGUUGCACCCGGUGCCAACAUCCUCUCUACCUUCCCCGUCGCCUUGGGCGGUUACCGCGUCAUGACCGGAACAAGCAUGUCAUGCCCUCUCAACGCCGCUAUCUACGCGCUCCUCGCGGAAGCCCACGGUACCAAAGACCCGAAGCGACUAAGGUCCAUUGUCGCCUCGACCUCGAAGCCACUAGACUGGUAUGACGGAACCGUCGUGCACCCCGAUAUUCUGGCCCCCGUGCCCCAGCAGGGAGCCGGUAUAAUCCAUGCCUUCGACGCAGCCCGUAGCACGGCAGUGUUGAGCGUCGACAGCAUCUCGUUCAAUGACACCGACCACUUCGUCGGCAACAAGACCGUCUCUAUUCAUAACACGGGUUCGGCAGAUCUUGUCUUUGAAGUCAGCCACCGCAAAGCUGUCUCCAUGUACACCUUCAUGGCGAAUCAGGACCGGUUGAGAGCUGCUUCGUUUCCCAACCCUAUAAUUAAGGAGUGGGCAGAGCUCCAAUUCAGCUCUGACAAGAUCACCGUUCCCGCCGGCGGCUCCGCUGAGUUGACCGUCACCUGCAUCCCCCCGUCCAACGUCAACGCAACCCUCCUUCCUGUCUACAGCGGCUUCAUCACCUUUACUAGCACCACUGAGGCUCCUUCUCUGAGCUUGCCCUAUCUCGGCGUCGCAGGAAGCAUGUACGACACUCGGGUUCUCACUUCCUCGCAAGCCUUCCUCGCCAACUACAACAGCGAGGCUCCCGCGAAUCACACAUACACCAUUCCACGUCCCGAUCCAGCUAACCCUCCUCGUACUGACCGUGGAGACACCGGAUCAACCCCGAAUGUGUUCAUCUCGCCCACCGUCGGCACUGCCGCUAUUCAAGUUGACGUCUUCCGUGUCAGCGGCGGCAGGGAAGAGAACCUAGGAAGCUUAGCCGGCUGGCCUUUAUCGUUCGUAUCUCGCUCAGAGCAGAGGGCAUACUUUAACGGUCUUCUGGCCGACGGCACUGUUCUGGAGCCUGCCGUCUACUCCAUGGAGGUUAGAGCGCUAAGGAUUUUUGGCGACAGGGAGAAGAAGGAGGACUGGGACGUGAUCAAGACGGUGCCGUUUAUCUUGAAGUACUCGGCAGCGGGAAACGGCACCACGAGCAGAUAG